CACUCAGUCGAUCGUGCAGGAUCGACCGGCGUUGCUCCUUCCUCGGCCAUGGAUCUGCUCUGCUACAACCGGGGAUGCGGGCAGCGCUUCGACCCGGCCACCAACACGGAAGAAUCAUGCACAUAUCACCCAGGCGUCCCUGUCUUUCAUGAUGCUCUUAAAGGCUGGUCAUGCUGUAAAAGAAGAACAACAGACUUUUCUGAUUUCUUAAGCAUUAAGGGUUGCACCAAGGGCUUCCAUAAUAAUGAGAAACCCCCUGAACCAGUCAAACCUGAAGUGAAAACUACCUGUGAAGAAAAAGAAUUAACUGAUCUGCAACCUAAAUUUCAAGAGCACAUAAUUCAAACACCAAAGCCAAUAGAAGCAAUUGAAAGACCCAGAGAAGAAACCCAAAAUAUCAUUGUAAAUAUCCACAUUGUGUUUGAAGGCGAUAAGGUGUUCAGUCAGAAUCUGAAUUUAUGGGGUGUGAUUGAUGUGAAAAGAAGCUACGUAAAUAUGACCGCUACAAAGAUUGAGCUCACCAUGAGGAAAGCUGAGCCCAUGUUAUGGGCAGGCUUGGAACUCCCAGCAUCCAAAUUGCAACCCAAAGAGCCUCAAAACAUGGUGGGACAAGCUUGAAAUC